UCUGCAGCACGUUCAUGCAGCAGCAGUGAUGGCAGACAUAACCUUGCCACUUCAAGAAUACUGUGCGUCUUUGGAUGAGAACUGUUUGCCUAGAGUACUACAGGUGUGCUCUGGGGUCUACUUCCAAGGUUCAGUAUAUGAAAUAUCUGGGAGCGAAGUGUGCUUUUCGACAGGGGAUCUCAUAAAGAUCAUUGCCAUAGAACUUCAGUCAGUUAGUUGUGAAUACGUAAGCAACAAUGACAAGUUUGAGCUACCAAUACACCACACAGGUUUAUUCAAGGUGAUCCCAGAGCCAAUGCCAUAUAACACAGUGGAUGAGAUGAUGAAGCUGAGGCCUAUAGGUUUGGAGUCCAGUCUUCCAUUCACCUUUACCAGCCGAACCAAGAUCAAAAUGGGUGACUUCACACUGAGUCCAGGGAAAGAAUUAACUGUACGGUGCUUUGAGAAAUUGGACGAUGGGAACAUGUGUGUCCGUUGCUUCAUUCGAGGACAACAGGAUGCGUCAGCGGAGGUCUGCAUCCCUCUCUCCACUAAAGGGGAGUUCUACGAGUGUGAGAGCGAUGAGUGCUUUUCUUUGAGUGAGAUCAUGACUUCUUCCAGUCUACGGAGCCGGAGGUUUCGCUUUGCCAACACAACUAAGCUCCAGCAGCCUCUUCUGUUUAGUCCGGUGUACCAGAUCCAUGCCAUCAUGACCUUAAGAAAAAAUGUACUGAAGUUUCCAUCAAGCUUAGAGGUUGAUGUCAUUGACGUCACAGAGAAUUGCAAAGCAGAUUUUGUUACCCCCCUGAGUCUGACAGAGAUCCUCUCCCAACCAGAUGAGAAGUUCCCCGCUGUGUUGGAAAUACUAGAAGGCCCUGGAUGUCGCGCCAUGUUCAAGUGCAACUGGUUAGCUGGACUUAAAACACAAAACAAAGUGAUUUUCCACAAAAAAGGUUCAGCUGCUUUGGUUCUAAUUUCCAACUUAAAGAGCCGGAAGACACAGCAGUACUUCUUAGUGUCACAACAUUACGGCGGUCGACUUAAAAGAAGACCGCGAGAAUUCAGCUCUGUCUAUGAGGUGUAUGCCGCGUCGGUAAAUGCGCCUGGGUUAAAGGUGAAUGUGACGAGGAACUGUGAGGAAAUUGAGGAAGAGGGUGUACCAGCUUUGAGUGUGGGUGAACAGCUUGAGAUUGUGCGCUGUGAAAGAAUGGAGCUCCCAAAUGCAAAGGAUACCAAAGAAAAGCAAACAGUUGAGGCACUUCUAUGCUAUCGAAAAGCUGAUGAAGAUGAUGAGGAAGAGGAAGAAGCUGACAGACUUGACAAGGAGGAGAUGUAUUUGCCAAUGUAUAUGCAGGGUCAUUUUGUGGAGGUGCUGGCUGAUAACAAAAAGUACAAAUUGAAAGACUUGGGGAAGGAAUUUAGCCUGCCACUGGAUGUUAAAGUGGUAACAAAAGAUCCUGAACUUGAAAGUGACCCACUAGCAGCAUCUAAUCUCAGAAUAGAGGCAGCCAUGGUAGAGCCCGUAAUCCAGGCAAGCUUUCUAAACUGCCCUGAUAAAUGUUUUGAUAUUCCAUCCAAAUGGCUUUCAAUGUCUGUAUAUUUUACCGACGAAUCUCUACCUUGGCCAAAAGAUCAACCUCCAAAAUGCCGUGUUGAAACUGUAACAGAAAUAACAGAUGACUUUCUUUAUGAGUUUCGAAAACAAGCCACAUCUGACGUAGCCCCGCCACCUCGGCCACCAAAAAGGGAUGUCUCUUCUUCAAAAUCCACCAAAAAGUCCAAGAAGAAAUCCAAAAGUAAAGCUGACACUGUCCCGUGUAAAGAGCUCACUGAUUUAACUGUAAAUUGGAAAAAGAGACCACCGGCCCCUCCUGUGCCGGAUGGUAUAGAAGAUGAGCAUCCCCCAACUGUUCCACCCAAAUCCCCUGCAACUGCAACAAUGAUGGGGAAAGCACAGCCAAACACCUAUGUAAAAAUGCAAGAUUCCAUUAAAAAAGUGCCAUUGAACAAUGAACCAGAUGUGGACAGUGACCAUGACUAUGAGACCGUGGAUGAAUUAGCCACAGUCAUAAAGAAAGCACAAGAAAAUGUUCAGUUCUUCAAGUAAUCAAAUGGACUCCAAAGAGAUGUUGUUCACACCAAUACCACCUGUUUGGGAGGAAAACAUCACAUCUUCAAGAACAAAAUCGCUGAAGUGUCAGCUGGGUCGGUAUAUAUAACAAAACCACUGAGACACAGGAAACCCCUGAAAACAUGUGGUUCCUGGCUAUUUACUGUGCUAAAAAAUGAAUGUGUGUUUGACAUUGCAGUUAUAGGUCUGCUUAUGCAAAAUGCGAUAAUUAUUGUAUUAAUAAAUGCUCUACAAAUGGAGAUAGUGACACCAUA